CGCCAGUAUGUGAUUCGGCUCUUGCUGCUUUUGCACUGUCGUAGACCGGUGAUUACAGCUCCUGCACCUCACAUCUACUGUACCAUGGCUGGACGACUGUUACUGCGGUGUUUGAGCAGGUCCUUCACAGAGUUUACACCCGGAGCCAAAAGUGUUGGAAGGAGAGGAACAAAAAACUACACCUGGACAACUUUAGGAAUGACUACCGGUGCCCUGAGUAGUGGACGAGUUGCAUUUCUCCUCGGGCUCCCUGGACUGUCAUAUCUGGGUUAUGGAGUCUUUUGCAGGGUGCAGAGUUCAACUGCAGUGUAUGCUUUGGAAAGAGAGGAAGUCCUGGAGCAGGCGGAUUACCUCUACAGCUGUGCAGAGACGGAGAAACUUUACCAGCUGCUGUUGAAGCACAAGGACAGUGAUGAUGCAGAGUUCCUGUGGAGGCUCGCCCGAGCAUCUCGUGACCUGUCCCUGCUGCCCGAUAUGAACCAGGAGCGGAAGAAGCAGCUGGUGUUCGAGGCCUUCAGCUAUGCAAAGGCAGCUCUGGAGAAGGAUGACACAUGUUUCGCUGCACAUAAAUGGUACGCUGUGUGUCUCAGUGAUGUGGGAGAAUAUGAAGGAGUCAAGAGCAAAAUUGGAAAUUCCUACAUCAUAAGAGAACAUCUGGAGAGGGCCAUCGAGCUCAAUCCCAAGGAUGCGACCUCGUUACACAUUAUAGGUUUCUGGUGCUUUGCUUUCGCUGAUUUGCCGUGGUAUCAGCGCAAGGUGGCGGCUGUCAUCUUCUCUACGCCACCGACGUCAACAUUUGAGGAGGCGUUGGGAUACUUUCUGAAAGCCGAGGAAGCUGACCCGAACUUCUACAGUAAAAACCUGCUGAUGCUGGGGAAGACGUACAUGGCCAUGAAGGACAGGCAGAAUGCCCUGCUCUGGCUCUCAAAAGCGAGGGAUUACCCAGCUCUCACUCUGGAGGACAAAGAGACCCACAAGGAGGCCGUGGAGCUCCUGAAGACUCUCGGGUGAAGCUCCGGUUCCCCCCGCGAGGAACACCUGGCCCAGCAGGACCUUUGAACUGUUGCUAUGAACCAACGGUGUCCGAGAUCCGGACACAAGCGUUCAGGUUCAACACAUACGAAGAUCAUUUACUUUGCAGUUACGAGAUGUGUUUUUGAUCCGGGUGUGGAUAACGGGAUGUUCACGUUCCUCUUGAAGGUGACGUCACGGGAGACAGGCAGCAGCAGCUAAUCGCUGAGCUAAUUAGAGCAAUGAUAAACAGCUUCAUACUUGUAACCAUGAGAUAUUUACACAAAGCUAUCCAUGUACUGUUUAGAUUUCCUUUAAUCUAUGAGAUGGUUUCAGUUGCUUUUACGUUUAAAUACAACGCGUCUUUUCAGCAGUGUUAAUACUUGAUUAUUUAAGUAAACACUGACCAAAACUAAAAUGUUGCAAAUGAUUCUUUUUUAAAAUUUUGUAUUAAAAGUGUGUGACUCAGAUUGCUUUUUGUGGUUAAAUGAUCUGCCUCAAACAAUAAACCCAAAGUGAGCCAGUGA